UCCUCUUUAAUUUUACCUGUGGGAUUUAGAAAUUGUGAUCAGUUAAGUGAUAAGUAGUUAUUUUUUAAAAAUUUGUUUAAAGAUUUUUUCUUGAUGAAAUGGGUCAGUGACUUGCGUAUGGAUCAACAUAGAGCAGACGACAAAACAUGAGGCUUACGUGGAUAUCGCUGUGUUACUGAUUGGAAUUGUUUUAUUCUUUAAAUAUUGAAUGCCACGUAGACUUUGAUAAAUGUCGAUCCGAAGAGACAAAUACGAAGGAAUUGUUGCUAGAAUAUAAACAAAGUGCCGCUGAUAAGACGUCAUGCCUCGACCCAAAGGACAUGAGAAAUCAGUAAAAUCCAAGCUUAAGGUGUCCAAUAAUAUAGAUUCCAAGAAAGAGAGCAAGUUUAGGAUCCCAAUGUUGAAUACUGUUUUGACGAUUACCUGUAUUGGUAUAGCAGCAUGGUUCAGUUAUAAAGGCUAUUUAGAAACUCGAGUAAACACUCCAUAUGAUACCAAAAAGCUGGUUACUAAAACUGGUUUAGAAGUACCAGAUCGUUAUUGGGGUACCUACAGAUCUGGUCUUUACUUUGGAUUAAAGACCAGAGAUCCUCAUUCUAUAGUAACAGGCUUGAUGUGGUACUUCCCACAUUAUCUGCGGCAAGGUGGUCAUGGAUUUAGACAUUGGUGUGAACAGGGUGACAAAUUGGAUAGAUAUGCAUGGUUGGAGCACGACGGGAAAACAUUUGGUGUUCAAGAGAUAGUUGAUGGUGGGGCUAUAUUGGAAACAAGCUUUGUAAAGAGACCAGGUGGCAGUCAUGGAGGAGACUGGUCAGCAAGAAUUGGAGUAAGAUCAGAAAAUCAGGAACGCGAUGGAGAAGAAAUUUCUCUAAUUUUCUAUACUGCAAUUGAAGAGAAAACAAAAGGUUGGAUCAAAGCUUCUCUCGGUAACGACAAUAAGUUAACUGGCAUGGAAGGAGACACAAAUGGGCUUGGUGCUUUCCGGAUAGCUCUAAACCCAAUACGGGGAAGUGUGGAAGAACAUUCAUUCCUGGUGACUGCAGCACCUGGACUGCACGUUCUAAAGGAAACUGUACUACAAAACCUAAGACUUGCAUCCCAUAAAGGUUCGUCAAAGAAACACAUAGUACUGGCUGGGGAGCAGUUACCUUUGACAGCAGAGGGAAAAGAAAUGGAACCAAACUUUAUAGCAACUCAAAUAACAGCUAAAAUUCCUUUUGAAUUCGAAGUGACUUAUGAGUCUGGCAGUUUCGUAACUCGUACUGAAAAAUUAGCCAGUAAAAACUACGACAACACUCUUGAGAAACACCGUAAACAGUUUGAUGAGAAAUUCGAGAAAAUUUUCAAGUUAAGAUCCAAAGGUUACAAGGAGGAUGAGGUUGCUUUCGCUAAAAUGGCAUUUUCGAAUAUGAUUGGUUCUAUUGGUUACUUUUAUGGGAGUUCACAAGUGCAGAGUGCCUAUACUAAAGGUCCUGUGCCUUACUGGAAAGCUCCUCUUUAUACUGCCGUACCAAGUAGAAGCUUUUUCCCUAGAGGAUUCUUGUGGGACGAGGGUUUUCAUGGUUUACUAAUAUCAGCUUGGGAUCUGGACAUCGAGUUAGACAUAAUAAGUCACUGGUUUGACCUGAUGAACGUGGAGGGCUGGAUACCUAGAGAAAUGAUACUAGGUCAAGAAGCUCUUGCCAAAGUGCCAGAAGAAUUCGUUACUCAAGUGAACACAAAUGCAAAUCCGCCAACAUUUUUCUUAACAUUACAUUUUAUACUUCAACAUCAUCGAGAGGAAAUAUUAGAGAAACAUCUUCACCUAUUAGAGAAGCUUUAUCCUAGAUUGCAAGUCUGGUUUGACUGGUUCAAUACAACCCAGAUUGGUGAUAUGCCAGGAACAUAUCGUUGGCGAGGUAGAGAUAGCACGACGAAUCGCGAAUUAAAUCCAAAGACUUUGACAUCCGGUUUAGAUGAUUAUCCAAGAGCAUCACAUCCUAACAUCGAUGAACGUCACGUGGAUCUUAGAUGCUGGAUUGCGUUUACAGCAGGAAUCAUGGCUAAAAUAGCUGAAGUAUUAAAUCAACCCAGUUGUAAAUACUUGGAUACCUUCAACUACUUAUCGGAUAAUGAAUUACUUAAUAAACUGCACUGGUCUCAGAGUAGUCAAAGUUACUGUGAUUAUGGGUUACAUACAGAUAAAGUUGUUCUAAGAAGACCAACCCCACCACCCCGGUCUCAUGCACCAACUUCAGAAAUGCUAAGAGUAGUUCUUGGUGAUCCUAUGCUGAGGUACGUGGAUACCACCUUUGGAUAUGUCUCACUAUUUCCCUUUGUUCUCCAAAUCGUCCAGUCAGACUCUCCACAGUUGGAAAAAAUCUUGGAUGAUUUGACUAAGCCGGAUUUACUUUGGACCAAAUAUGGAUUAAGAUCUCUGUCCAAAACCUCACCACUAUAUAUGCAAUAUAAUACGGAACACGAUGCACCGUAUUGGCGUGGAGCUAUUUGGAUGAAUUUGAAUUAUUUAACAGUGAGAGCCUUGCAUCAUUACUCAAAGAUUGAAGGACCUUAUCAGGAUAAAGCUAAGAAGAUUUACACGGAUUUAAGGCAGAACCUCAUAAGAAAUGUUAUUUCUAAAUAUAAAAGAUCAGGAUAUAUUUGGGAGAAUUAUGGUGACAGUCAUGGAGAUGGCCAAGGUAGUCAUCCUUUCACCGGCUGGACGUCUUUAACUGUUUUACUAAUGGCGGAAAUAUAUUAAGACAUCGCAAUCGAGUGAAAUUGGAGCUUUCAUGAUAAUGAUAGAAGUGAUUCGCGUAAUAAUUACUUCGAUGACCAGUUUCAAAUUCAGCGGUAUAUUUUAUAAAUACCGUUUCACAAGGGUAUUUAAGAUUGAUUAGUGAUUAUUGAUCAUUUAUGAUGUGUACUUGAAAUAGUAUUUGGUAAUAACAAACCAACAGCUCUUAAUAAUCCUUUCAAUGAACAUAAUGUUCGUUCAACUAGUUAAAAUUGAAUAUCAUAUAAUACCCUGCUAGUAUUCAUAAAUGCAUUUACCAAAAGCAUUUUUUAAAGAGAUUCCACAAAGGGAGGAAUAUUAGUUUGAAGUAUAUACUUCAGGUUAAUGCCGAACCAAAGGCAAGAACUACCUUUAUACAUAAAUAUAAAAUAGUAAACUGCAUAGAGCCACUUGUUAAAACGUGACGAUUGACAUAUAAAUAUUCUGCAUACAAUUGUUUAACAAUUCUCAUAUAACAAUUCAUAUAAAGAUACAAUCUUUUCCAUAAGAUUAUUGCAUAACUUAUUAUAGCAGAGUAGAUUAACAAAUCAAUGAAAUGUUUAAAGGAUAGAAGAAUAGACAACUAGCAACCAAUUUGCAGAAUACAUACAGUUUUUAAACGAUUGAAGUAUUCUAUCACAAUUAAAAUUUUCUGUUUAAUAGUAUGUAUUAUUAAAGGAAUCUAGAUAAUAGAAUUUUUCUUGUUUUCUUUUGACUGGCGUGCAACUUUUGGCCAAGUUUUAAACUCUUUAGAUUUUUUUUUAAACACCCAAGUGUCUAUUGGGAAAGGUUCGUGUUGGAAACUUAAAAAAAAAAGCAUAUCGAGAUUUCGUUCACAAGCGCUUUGCUCGAGGUCGAAAUUUCGUUUUCAAACGCCUUGGCAAUCGGAUUAUUAUAAUUGUAAUUCGCAUUUAACAUAAUUAACAAUGCGAACUCUGUAUUCAUAUAAAUAGAUUAUGAACCUUCGAAUUCUGGCUGUGACGCGUUAAAAAUUUUCUUGUAGCGUCAAGCUACUAUGUUAUACGUAUUUAUCCAUCAGACAUUAUUCUACUCUUGUAAUACGACUCUAUACACCGGAUCUAAUAAAAAGUACAUAUUUUUAACAAGA